AUGGCUCCUUCUACUCGAUCAGGGCAACAUGCCCGCUCUCAGAGCAGAGAUUCGGACCAGGUCCUUUUAUCACGCACCCCAAGCGCUGAGCCCAUACCCCGCGAGCGAAGCGCAACCCCGUCGAUUGAGGAGCGCAUCCAAGCGGCACAGAUACGACGAGAUGAACUCCUAAAUCUACAACAACAAAAUCAGUUGCGCCAACUAGAGGAGGAAAUCCUCCAGCUGGAAGAAUCGGAGCAAAGCAGGAACGUGGGCGUGUCGGACAAUCCGUCGGGUCCCCACCCUCAAGAGAGGCGCACGAUCAACGUCACUGCAGCACCCAGUGUGGCGCAUACCAGGCGCACGCUAAAACCAAAAGAUCCAACAGGGUACCGGGGUAAGAACAUUCGGGAAUAUCGGGAGUUUAUUCGCUCUUGCGAAAUGGCUUUUCGCUUGCUACCUGAGGAGCUAAAGGAGGACAAGAACAGGGUAAUAUGGUCAAUGCAAUACCUUGAGGGCGAUCCAAAAGAGCUUUGGUAUGCGCACUUCGAACGUAGCUUCGAAGCAUGCGAACGAACCCCUACUUGGGAAUACUACAAGCAGUACCUGCUUGACCUGCUCGCAGAUCCUGUGAACCGCAGCCUCGAAGCAGCCACAGCGCACAGCCAAGCUCUCCAGCGAAAAGACCAGACCGUCAGAUCUUUCGCUACGUACCUGGAAGUCUUAGAGGACCAGUUGACCCCUUACACUGAGGUACAAAGGGUUCAACACCUGUUCACAAAACUGAGACCUGAACUCCAGCGAUCAAUUACCAAUUACCACCAAAUCCCAGCGACCCGUGAGGACCUAAUAGCAUUAGCCUCUACGCUUGAAAGGAAUUUGCGAAAAACACCCGCUACGCAUGAAUAUCGCCCCCAAGUCGCAUCCCGGGAGAAACGAAAGCGAAGCCCUCCUACUUCCCAAAUGAGCCAACAGAGUAGAUUAAAAGACAAGCAUACAAUUACCUGCUACAAAUGCCAAAAGAAGGGUCACUACGCAAAUAAGUGCCGAAGUAGCAAUCCAAACCAGCUACCUGUUAGUGUCAACCGCACGGAAAAAGGUCAAGCCUCCCUGAAAUUCCGGGAUCAGUGA